CUUCAACUUCUGUUAGUGCAGCGUCCAAUAUGGCGAAACUUCAGCGUGGAGAACCUCAGCCCGAAUCAGAGAAACAAGUUGAAGUCGGAGGAGAAAUGUCCGAGUCCAGUGAAGAUGAAGGCCCUGAGGAAGUGGCCUUUGAGGAGUCUAAAUCAGCAGCGCUAAAGAGCGCGGAGGAGGCGCUGCGCUCCAGGAGAAGGGAAAAGGAGCUGUUGAAGGAGAAGAGAAGAAAAAGACAGCUGUUUUUCCAAGAGCAAAAGAAAAAAAGUCUUCUUUCAGAGGCUCUUUUAGAAGAAUUUGACACAGUGCCACAGAAAAAAAAGAAGCUUUCAGUUGAAAAAGAGGAGAAUGAGAAUGAGGAGAAGGAGGAGAACACAGAAGAGACAAAGUCAAAGAAAGUGUCUAGAAGUCUGCAGGGAAACUGCAGUGUGAUGCGGCUGAAGGACAAAGCCAGUGAUGCCUCACUGCAGCAGUCAGCCAUGGACUUCAUUCAGUCACGCUUAUAUGGACCAGGAAAACAGAGAACAACCAAUGCUGAGCUUUUAUCCCUGGAAAAGAAAAGGGGUGCCAACCAAGGAGCUGCAGUGCAGUUUGUGAAUAAGAAAUGGGGAGCAGAACUGAAGGCCAAGGCAGAGAAGUGCAACAAGAGAUUUAUUCGGAAGCAGAAGCUAAUUCCCAGCUGAGAGCUGUAACAUUUAAAUGGACAGAUUGGAGGCGACAGCCCGCCUGCUCACCUCACUGCACAUUUCAGCUGUUUUAGUCAGGACUGUCGUAUGCUGGAGGGCUCCAGACAAAAUGGCAAGUCUGCAGUUGCCUUGGAGAAACACUGUUGGGUUAUUUUGUGACUGGGAGCAGCUCAUGGCUGAAUGAAUGUGUCAUUGACCUUAAAGAGUCCAAAAAAUGGGAUGAACUCCCCCCAAUGUUAUAAUCACUGUAGUCAGUGUUCUUAGAACCGGUCUUUAUGAAAAUAUGUUUAUUUUAAUGUCUAGCAGUCAUUUCUUUGCUAAUGAGGUCUUUAUAGUAAGUGCCGAUAUGGAAAUCAGCUGUUACAAAGCUGAACGUACACAACCAGUCAAAAGUUUGAACACACCAACUCUUAGGUUUGCCUCAUUAUUACUUUCCAUAUUUUACAGUAAUAGUGAAGACAUCAAAGCUUUGAAAUAACGCAUAUGGAAUGAUCAGAUACCAAAAUUAUUUAUUUUAGAUUGUGUUAGAAUCUAAAAUAUGCAGCUGUUAAUCUUCUCUCAAGCUGCUUCAUGAAUAGCUACCUGAGAUGAUUUUUCCAACAGGACUGAAGAGAUCGCUUUUGGAAUAAAACCUUGUAUCUUCAAGAAAGUAACUAAAACAUUCUUGAAUUUUAGGGUAAGUCAGUGUAACAAAAUUUUAUUCCAAGUCAUUGUGGACCAUUUCUAUUGGUCCAUUAGUAAUGAAAUUGAGACAAUAUAAAUGGUAGCUGGUGUUUUCAAAUUAUACAAAAAAAAACUACUAAAAAAAAACCAACCAAAAAAAAACACUGAUUUAACAUUUUGUUCCAACAGCAGUGAUAUUCCAGAAAUUAUUUCAGCCACAGCCAUCAAAUUUACUAUUUGUCCUAGGAACAAAUUUGCAUUUAAACAUAAGCUUUUAAAAUGUAUUAUAUGAAAUUAGGUGUGUCCAAAUGGUUUGACUCAAAAUUAAAUGUUCAAAUGACUUGUGUGCUCUCUGACUCUUUCUGUACAACAUAAAAUGUACAAACGUACAUUGCUUAGCUAAUAAUUGUAUCAGCCAUGUUGAAACGUGAAUUUUAGGCAGUUUUGUCCACAAAACAUCUUUGCAGAUCAACUACAUUUGGAGUGAAUAUGGGGUUGUGUAUGUAUAUUUUAUGGCUGAACCAUCACGGUUUGUAUUGUGAGUUUGUUUAUUGUACAAUGUGCUGGAAGUCCACAUAGCUGGCAUGAAUUUUGUGAGCACUGGAUUCAUCAGGUUCUAAUGCAGGCAGCUAGUGAUGGUAUUUACAGGUCAACAUGAGCUCACCUGUUUCA